AUGGAACACACAGAGAAGAAAACAGAGGAAAAUGCUACCACGGUGACACAGUUUUUCUUCCUCGGGUUCUCUGAACUUCCCAGCCUACAAGGAUUUCUGUUUGGCAUGUUCUCCAUAAUGUAUGUGAUUAUCUUAAUAGGAAACGGCUUCAUAAUUGUGAUAGUCAAAAUUGACCCUGCUCUACAGAAGCCCAUGUAUUUUUUCCUUGUCAAUUUUUCACUUCUGGAAAUCUGUUAUGUAUCAGUCACUCUCCCUCGGAUUCUGUACAAUCUUUGGACUCAAGAUAGAACAAUUUGUCUUCUGGCAUGCGCUAUUCAAAUGUUUUUCUUCCUAAUUCUAGCAGCAACGGAGUGUUUCCUCCUGGCCGUGAUGUCCUAUGACCGCUUUGUGGCCGUCUGCCAUCCUCUGCACUAUCCUGUGGUCAUGAACCCAGCAAAGUGCACUCAGCUGGCAGCAGGGUCCUGGCUUGGCGGCAUCCCCGUCCAGAUAGGACAAACCUGUCAAAUAUUCUCUCUACAUUUCUGCAAUUCUAAUAGAAUAGAGCACUUCUUCUGUGAUGUUGCCCCGAUUCUCAAGCUGGCCUGCGGGGACACUUCAGUGCAUGAGCUGUCUGUCUAUUUAGUGGCGGUGCUAUUUGUUGCCUCUCCGUUUAUGAUGAUACUUGCGUCUUAUACCAGAAUCAUCGCCACAGUUCUUAAGUUACCAACAGGCAAAGGUCGUGCCAAAGCCUUCUCCACAUGUUCUUCACAUUUGCUGGUAGUAGUUUUGUUUUUUGGGUCAGCUACCAUUAACUACUUGAGGCCAAAGUCCAUUCACUCUGCGGGAACUGAUGAAUUGCUCUCUCUGUUCUACACUAUUGUGACCCCCAUGUUCAAUCCUCUGAUAUACAGCCUCAGGAACAAGGAGGUGAUUGCCGCACUGAGAAGACUUUUACUUAAAAUAUAG